UAUGUGUAUGCUGUUCUGUAGAAAAAUCUCAAUAUAGGUAGCACUGGGAGAGUUAUAAAUAAAUAUAUAUAAUUGAAGUAAAAGUACAAGAAAAAAAUGAAGAUUGUAUGUCAGUUUGAACAAUUGAUGUAUAAAAUUGGAUUUAAUAUAGUGAAGCUUACAUAAUAAAAAGAUGUAGUGAAAACUUUAUAUAACCUGUAGCUGUUUCUGAUAAAAACAAAUCAAAAUACAAUUAUGACUUUAAACAGUAAGUGGUGGGCUGGAUUAUUUUUGCUCUAACUGCUAUGGGUUGUUCGGCAUCUGUUAAUGAUUCGACAAAGGUUAUUCAUUCCUGGUCUAUUCCGAGAUCCGUAACGAGCAGACGACACUGGCCGACACCCGACAAAGUUAUAUCAAAGAUGACGCCAAGGAGCUGGACAAACAUUAAUAUAUCAAACAUGGGUGGAGGCGGGGCUAGUAAAUCUGGCGUGCAUGGGAAGAAACAAAGCGAUGGUCUUUUUGUAGACGAAGAAUUUCCAGCCACGUUAGAAUCUAUAUUUCAAAAGAAGUGUCUUUUAAAGCCUGUCACGUGGAAAAGACCAGUGGGGAUACAUCCAAAUGCCACGUUGAUAUCAGACGGUACAAGCAGACAUGACAUGAAACAAGGAGAUCUCAAUGAUUGUUGGUUCUUGUCAACUUUAUCCGCUAUAGCUGAAAAACCACAACUUAUUGCCAAGAUAAUACCAGACGACUACAGUAUCGGGUGUAAAGAUUAUAACGGGAAGUUCCACUGCAGGUUUUGGCAGUUUGGUGACUGGACUGACGUGUAUAUAGAUGAUUUACUGCCCACUGUUGGUAACCAACUACUUUUUGCCCACUCCUCCGCACCAGAAGAGUUCUGGAUAUCACUUGUGGAGAAGGCAUAUGCAAAAUUAAAUGGGUCAUAUGAAGCUUUGGAGUACGGGUUUGAAGCGGAUGCAUUUACAGAUCUAACAGGCGGUCUUGCUGAAUGGUACAAUCCUGUAGACCUUAAAGAAGAAGAUUUUUACCUGGUCCGGGCCGCCUUCCAAAGUGGAGCAGUAAUUGGAUGUCUCAGCGUUGAUAAGGAAGGUCAGGCAUUACGUGAAAGAAGGGGAAUGGUAUCUAAUCAUUCUUAUGUUAUAACUGGUGUAGAAGAAGUGCAGUAUCUAGACGGCACAGCCAAACUUAUUCGUGUUCGAAACCCAUGGGGUGAUACUGAGUGGGAAGGUGCCUGGAGUGACGGCUCCGAUGAAUGGAGCCACGUGCCAAAUGAUAUCAAAAUAGAGCUGGAACUGACGUCACAAGAUGACGGCGAAUUUUGGAUGUGUUACCGAGAUUUUAGGCGGGAAUAUUGCAACAUGAUUAUAUGUAAUUUAUCGCCUGACUUUGAUCAUGACGGCGUCAGUGAUAAAGCCG